AUGUCCCACCCCGUGACUGCCGUGGUGGACAAUGGCAUCGACAAGGUCGAUGCCUUGCACUACGAGACCAACGAAGUAGGGAGUGACCACGACCAGGAGAAGGGCGACACCGUGUCGGAUUCCGGCAUCCAGAAGGACAUUGACGCCGGUAUCGACCCCGUCUACCUCAAGCGCCUGCAGCGCAAGAUCGACUUCCGCCUAAUCCCUGUCCUGUCUCUCAUGUACGCCAUCUCGCUCAUCGACCGCACCAACCUUGCUAUUGCGCGUGCUGCCAAUAACAACCAUAUGGACAAGGAGCUCGGGCUCGACAUCAACAACAAUAACAACAACCGCUACUCGAUCAUCACCCUAGUCUUCUUCGUUCCCUAUAUCAUCUUUGAAAUCCCUUCGCAGAUCGGCUUGCGCAAGUUCGGCGCACGCAUCUGGCUCGGUUCGGCAGUGUUGCUCUGGGGCAUUGUCAUGCUGUCCAUGGGUUGGGCCAACAGCUGGUCGACACUGGCGGCACAGCGCGCCAUCCUCGGUCUUUUCGAGUCGGCCCUGUUCCCCGGUGCAGCGUAUCUCAUCUCGUGCUGGUAUCCUCGCAAGGACAUUGGCGUUCGCACCUCGAUUUUCUACAUCACGGCGGCGGUUGCCGGCUCGUUCGCCAAGCCUCUCGGUUACUGCUUCUCCUUGCUCGAUGGCAAGCGCGGUCUCUCCGGUUGGCGCUGGCUCUUCAUCUUCUACGGCGCCCUCACGAUUAUCAUUGCUGUCAUUGGAUACAUCUUCAUCAUCGACUUCCCCGACAAGGCCAACUACCUCGACGAAGAGGAGAAGCGGAUUGUCGCACUCCGUAUCCAGCGUGAUCGCGCCGACGCCAAGCCUGACCCGCUCACUGCAAGCAAAGUCUUCAAGUACAUGUGCCUCUGGCAGCCAUGGCUCUUCGCCAUCAUGUUCAUGAGCACGACCACGGCCACCUAUUCGCUCGCCUACUUCCUCCCUACCAUUCUUGCGCAGAUGGGUUUCAACAACAUUGAGUCCAUGAUGCUCGGCACGCCAGCCUACUUCUGGGCCAUCUUCCCCGCCAUCAUCUGCGGCAAGAUCGCCGACAAGUACCGCGGCACCCGUGCCUUCAUGGUCAUGUUCAACGCUGCGUGCAUCCUCAUCGGCACCGGCAUGUACGCCAAGCUCCCUGCGUCCCAGAAGAACGCCCGCUUCGCCGGCAUCUUCCUGGCCGUCGGCGGAGGCAACUCAAACGUCCCCCUCGUCAUCUCGUGGCAGGCGACCUCGAUUCGUGCCCAGUCCAAGCGCGGCUACGUCUCCGCCCUGUCUGUCGCCUUUGGCGGCGUUGGUGGUAUCCUCGGCUCGGCACUCUUCUUCCAAAAGGAGGCCAAGAAGGGCUUCCCAACCGGCAUUAACGUCACGCUCGCCCUCAAUGCUCUCACGUUUGUCAUCGCCGGUUCGCUCUACGUUUACAUGCGCAUCAUGAACCGCAAGGCCGACAAGGGCGAGGUCGUCAUUGAGGACAACGAGGACUUCCGCUACCAGCCCUAA